AUGAAGUUCACCUUCGGGGGCCUCGUGGUUCUCCUUACUGCCACCCCCAUCGCUGCGGAUAUUAUUAGCGCCAUCGUCACCCACUCUCAAGCAAACAAUAGGGGUUGCACCGAUAACGCCGACUAUUACCAGAUCUUCUCGUCAAUCAACCAGAUUCAAGGACGCCCGGGUUGCUCAGGUAUCGACGCGCGCCUAGUCGCGGCUUCGCAGAAUAAAAGGGGCUCGCAACUCGAGGGCUGCAAUUGGGGAUAUUCAGGCCACUGGGCGGUUUGCAUGACCAGCUACGGUUGCAAUGUGCAUAAUGGACAGGGCCAACAUCAGCGCUGCGUUCCGGAUAGUACGACGGUCAUGUCUUGCCCACAAGCUGGUGGUCUUUACGGUUGCUGGACUUAUCAAGAGCGUGUGAUGAAGUGCUCUGGGGUUUGGGAGCAGGGCUAA